AUGAUUCCUCCCCUGAUUCUUCCCUUGGGGCAAACAGUGGCUCUGCUCCCCACAGCUGACCUCUCAUCUCACACUGAUGAGUGGCUUGUGGAGGUGGAAGAGACCUUGAAGUCCACAUCAAACAGAUCUGAGCCUCUAAUGACCCUCCUGGACAGGAGGCUUGUGAGAGUGUGGAAUAAGGAGGACAGGGCUAAGGAAAAGGGAAAACACAAGAACAAGAGGCAGGCUCAACUAUUGGCUGCUCUACAAGCCCUGCAGCCUCCCCACAGGUUGUCAUCAGAAUAUACUCCCAGGUUCCUGCCAUCAGUGCGGGAAGCCAGGGCACUGGAAGGCAAACUGUCCCAACAGGAUAAAUGGGAAAAAGCCCUGUACAGCUUGCUUCCUCUGUCACAAGCUUGGCCACUGAUGACAAUACCAAGUUCAGAACAAUUCAUAGUGAAUAGCUUAUAGAGGCCAAUCUUGGCUCCAGUGGGUGGAAAAGUUGAGCUCAGUUGCCAGCUGUCUCUACCAGAAAGCACAGAACACGUGGAAAUACGCUGGUUCUGGAGUCACUACACAUGACCUGUUUACCUGUAUAAGGAUGGUAAAGACCUGUAUGGAGAAACCAUCUCCAAGUAUGUGGAGUGGACAGAGCUCCUGAAAGAAGCCAUUGGAGAAGGUAAAGUGACCCUCAGGAUCCUUAAUGUCAGUGCCGAUGAUGACGGGCAGUACCACUGCUUCUUCAAAGACGGAGAUGUCUGUGAAGAGGCCACCACGGAAGUGAAGGUCACAGCUACAAGUUUAGAAAUACAAAUUCUUAUUCAUCCUCCAAAUAGCAAAGGUCUUUUAGUGGAGUGUAACUCAGAAGAUUGGUUCCCACAGCCUCAAAUGGAGUGGAAAGACAGCAGAGGAGAGAUCAUUCUGCCUGCAUCAAAAUCCCAUUCCCAGGAUAGAAAAUUGUUCAACAUGAAGAUGAGCCUUCUCCUUAGAGAUAGCUCCCAUGGCAACAUCACUUGCUACCUUCAAAACCCUGUAACUGGUCAAGAGGAAAGGAUAAGUAUUGUCUUAUCAGAUAAACUGUUUCCAUGGAAUUCUAUCUGGAUACUGAUUCUGGUUGCAAUCUUGGCUGUUCUGCUGUUUAUGUUGCCAAGUGUUGAACUACAGCAAAGAGAGCAACGUAACUGGUGUGACUGGAAUCCUUCCUGCCUGAUAGGCAUUGGGAUAGUCUUCUUUUCAAUGUGUGUAAUUGUUGGACUUAUUUUCGGUUUGCGUCGCAGAAACAGAGAGGACACGCUCUCCCCACCCACCUGCAAACACUUGUGUGGGAGUAGCUAUCUCAACAUCAUGAGCAAAAGCAUUAUGCUAGGUCAGCUCAGUGCUAAAGCAACAGGGAUAGAGAAGAGGGAAGCAGAGUCCCUGCUCUCAAGGAGGCCAGAACAAGUCAUCGUUGUUCACAUAUCUGGUGUCGAAGGAGCAGAAGGAAGAAGUUGUGGAGAAUGUGGGCAAGCAGAGAAGAGGGAGAGCCUUCCACCAGAUACCAGUGUGAGCAAAGAUUCCAGUCAUACUGGAUUAAGAGCCCACCUUACUCCAGCAUGA